AAUAUCGCUGAAUAUCUGUUUCUAAUGGAAGCGUUUAUUUGCACACCACCCUUAGGGGGUAUAAAAGCCGACGGUUUAGCUCCAAAGGCAUCAGUACAUCGAAUUCCUUCGAACAAACAACUUCUCCUUUCUUUAACAAAGUAUCAAGUCAGGUUAAAAAUUAACCCACCAACAAUCGUCAAAAUGGUUUCCGUCCGAGCUUUCAUCGUCCUCCUCAUCGCCGCCGUUAUCUUCAGCGUUGACGCAUACCGCAAGCCACCCUUCAACGGAAGCAUCUUUGGAAAACGCUCCGGCACCGCGAUCGAUUACGAAAAUACCGGCCGCGCACUUAACGCCAUGUGCGAAAUUGCCAGCGAAGCUUGCGGCUCGUGGUUCCCUCAGCAAGAGUCCAACUGAAGAUAACAAUAACGUGUAAAAAAAACAACGCAACCCUACGUACAUCCCCGCUGCAAGAAGAGAACACCCCAGCUUAUCGACGCUACCAGAAUUAUCGAUUCGAAUCAAUUUUCCUUCCAUUAUUCUUUUUUUUUUUUUUGGUUCUCUUUUCGAGUGCCAGAUAUUAAGCAUGCACGUUUUCCGAGCUUCAGGGGGUACAUAAGUUUCUAAUAUUAUAAAUCAAUAACUACAUCUAUUAUAAGUAGCAUACUCAUUUUAUAUGAUGAUUGUGUGCAAGUACCGUAAUUGUGAAACAGAAUAUUGCCGCAGCUUCGGAUUUGUAUUACUCAAUUAACGAUUACGAUAUCUUGUACAACUAUGAAUUGUAAUAAACGAACAAUGUAAUCCGAA